GCCCAACAUUUAAUGGGCUCAAGUUUUAAACUCAUCUCAACCAAAGUAACAGCCGAGUUAUCUCUCUCCAUUCUUACUUUUUCUGCUUCUUCUUCUCUCCCAUUUCAGAUCUCCCUUCACCGCCUUACUCCAUCGUCAUUCUCAAAGCGACAAACAGCCUAUUGAUGCACAGGCAAAACGCAAAAGAAAACAGAAAAUUACAAGCAAGGGAAAAACUUUUUAUAACGUAGGAGUUAUUUCGAAUUAGUGCAUAUUCACAAGAGAAAAUGCCUCCCCAGAAGAUUGAAACAGGUCACGAGGAUACGAUUCAUGAUGUGGUAAUGGAUUACUAUGGUAAGCGCAUUGCAACUGCAUCAUCAGAUCACUCGAUUAAGAUAAUUGGGGUUAGUAACAAUACCUCUCAGCAACUUGCUAAACUGACUGGUCAUCAAGGUCCUGUUUGGCAAGUAGCUUGGGCUCACCCAAAGUUUGGGUCUUUGCUCGCUUCGUGUUCUUAUGAUGGGCGUGUUAUAAUAUGGAAAGAGGGUGUUCAGAAUGAUUGGACCCAAGCUCACGUCUUUGAUGAUCAUAAAUCAUCAGUUAAUUCUAUUGCCUGGGCACCUCAUGAAGUUGGUCUUUGUCUGGCAUGUGGUUCUUCUGAUGGAAAUAUUUCGGUUUUGACCGUACGUGCUGAUGGUGGUUGGGAUAAGUCUAACAUUGAACAAGCUCACCCAGUUGGUGUGACUUCAGUUUCUUGGGCUCCAUCAACUGCACCUGGUGCUCUUGUUGGCUCUGGUUUGCUUGACCCUGUUCAGAAGCUAUGCUCUGGCGGUUGUGACAAUACUGUGAAAGUGUGGAAGCUCUAUAAUGGGAAUUGGAAGAUGGAUUGUUUUCCAGCUCUUCAAUUGCAUACUGAUUGGGUAAGGGAUGUUGCAUGGGCGCCUAACUUGGGCCUUCCAAAAUCUACCAUUGCUAGUGCCUCCCAAGAUGGAAAAGUUAUUAUUUGGACUGUGGCAAAGGAAGGGGAUCAGUGGGAAGGGAAGGUCUUACAUGAUUUCAAAUCUCCUGUUUGGAGAGUCUCAUGGUCGCUUACUGGAAACAUUCUAGCUGUUGCUGAAGGGAGUAACAAUGUGACACUAUGGAAAGAAGCUGUAGAUGGGGAAUGGCAACAGGUGACAACAGUUGAUCCAUAGAGCUUAAGUCCUAAAUUCUUUUCCCCUUUUAAUACAUUCUUACAUGAUGAACACAUGUUUUUCCUUGAUGUUAUUCUGUAGCUGGAGUGUUUAUUUGCUGGAUAAUUUCUGGUUAAAGGUUUUGGACUCGGCUAUUAUCUUAAAACCUUAGUUUCCCUGAAAGGAUGGUUUGUGUAGUUUGGUAAUGAUAUCUAUUUUGCUUUGUGAAUGCAUAGAUACUUUCUGUGUUGCUA